CAUUGUCGUAGAUAGUGAGUGAUCCGGUGAGCAUGCAUAUUUUGGUGAUCUAAAGACAAACUGAUAGCCUAAGACAAGACUUUGGAUCUCGACAGAGUUGACAAUGACGGACGUCCGAUCGGGAGUUUAAAGUUGCGUUGGCUGAAUUCAGCAGUGGAGUUGGUUAGUGUGUUUGAAUUUUCGAAGUCGGUUGUCCCACUGCUUGGGGGUGGACGAAUGUGGUUCUCAUACCGAGCAGGACAGGUGGAUAGAGUUUUUAGUAUGAGGUUUGGGUGCGUCGAACUGGAGAUGUAUACUGGGAGUGAUUGUUCCAUUGCGCAUCCACUGGAGUUGGGCUUGUUAGUCAGGCUGUAUAGGAUGCACGCGGAAUAGCAGAAGGAGAAUUCGUGAACUGCAGAAUUACAUGAGUUCCCACUAAGGUUAGGUGAAUGAGUGUUGGUGUAUUUGUCCGUGGCGCCGGAAUAGCUGACUUAUGUUUUCGGGUGGUGAGAAGUGUUCGAUUGGAACACAUGGAGUGUUUCUGAGAAAUGGUUGAAUUAGUGGCUAGGAAACUGUCUUGGGGACUGGCUGUCUUGUUCCCCAUUCACAGUGGAAGCUGGAUUGCUGAGAGGUAUCGACGUAGAACACAUUGCGCACAUGCCUAAAACACCUGAUUUCUUGUAGACUGUGUAUUCACUUUGAACUAGCAGGGCAGUUGACCAUCGCAAUGAUCGCGUUCCCAGUGAAUUUCUCUUUAUACUUCUAGAGUAGAGAUUAUGUUUCGUCAGCGUUUUUUGUGUUUGCGCAUGACAGACACUAUGCCCAGCUACUCGAGACUGCGAAAUGUUGUGGAAUAUUGGAAUGGAGUCACUGUGAGGUUUAGUUAUUUUUCAGUCAUUGAAAUGUGUGCGUCGUUCGCGAUUCACCUUUGUCAGACUGCUUGUUCUGUGUAGGCUUUUGAAUAUAACGUGCCUCGCACCCGACUGACAGCAUGCGUUGUUCGCUUGAAGCUGUUCCGUCGUCGUACUGUUCGGAUUGCAAGGUGUCUGGUGUGUUGGUCACAAACGUCCUUUAGCAAAGCGAUUACCGUUUGAAAUUCGACGACCGGAUGUGUUUGAAUAAAUAGUCUUUUAUGUGUGCGACGAGGUUUCCGCGUGAAUGGCCAUGAAUGUGGAAUGGGGCGAGCUAGUGCAGUCGGGACCGGGUUGCCAUGCAGUGUUUGUCGUGUCAUGUCGUUUUCAUACCUCUGUGUGUCGCGUGGCUUUCCAUAUAUCACUUGGUUGCGUGUAUGGUACUGAUAUGUGUUUCACUCUUCUGCAGUGCACUUUUUCUCUAUUGCCUAUCGUUACAGCCUCCGUGGUCGUGGCGAACAAUUUGCUCGGUGGAUGAACGUGGCGUUGCUCGAGUUGGAUAUCGCUUGGCAUCGCAUGUGCGGGCGCUGGACAGAAGACGACUUGAGAUUGCUUGUUCGGUUUGAUGACGCGAUGCAUUUGCUUGAUGCUGGGCGCCUUGGUAAUGAGUCGUUCUCGGAGUCGAU